AUGUCGAAUGGAACCAUCGGAAAUGCCUCAUCAACGAAUAGCUCAGACACGGCCGUCUCAAUCGAUCUGGCAGAUAUUGCGCUAUCCGAGCACUUGAGAUUGAUGACUGGGUCUCUCGUUGAUGUAGCAAUCGUAGCACUGAUCAGCCAGCGCUCUUACGCGUACAUCGCAAGGGGCGGGAAAGGUUCAACCUUCUGUACCGUGAUAUGUCUAUGGCUUCUUAAUACCACGCGUCUCAUAUGGAACCUCUCGGACGUAUACCUAAUCUAUACACAACAAGCUGGACUGCAACUUCCCGGACCGCAACAACGUUCGUAUAUCUUGAACCUAUUGAGGAAGAGGAUGGGCGCAUUCGUGACCUUCUUACUGGCUUCGGUUUUCACCUACACUUGUAUGGUCAUCAUCGUGUGGAGACAACUACAUACUCUGGUGGGAAGAAGCAAGUUCAAGGCAUCGCUGCUGACCCUUCUGUUGUGGCUUCCAUCUAUCUGGAUUGCCGACUUUGAGACGACCUUCGCCUUGACCCACGUCUUAGCCAUCACACAAAUCGGGAUGCACGGCACGGCUCACGCAUUCAUACUGCCCAAAGACGACUUUCUAUCGGAUUGUCCACGCCUGCGGAUGCCCGCGCGUCUGCGUGCAUUUGCUCACGCCCAGCAACGGUCCAGAUUGCGCCUACGGCUUCUUGCCGUCGUGAUGUGCACAGUGAAUGUUAUCGUAGUCUAUGGUCUCUGUCGAACCGGCGAGUGCAUUCAGAGCUUCGUCCCGGGAGGACUCUAUAUCAGCUUCGGCGACGUAUAUACCCUGCUCUACCUAAGCAUCAAGAACAAACACGCGGCCAUAGGCAGCGGCGGAAACCCAGAGAUAGUCGUCAGUGCGCCGGAAGAGGUGGAACUGCAGCCUCGCCCUGCAGGCACGGCGCGGCGUCGAACGUCCCACCGCUCGGCGGUCGGUACCGCUGAUAUGUCAUGA